AUGAUCUACGAUGAAAUGACUGACUUGGUAGACAAGGGGAGAGCAAGGGAUAUUGUCUACCUUGACUUCAGUAAGGCUUUUGACACUGUUCCCCAUAAAAUCCUCAUAGAGACGCUGAUGAAUUAUGGCCUGGAUGAGGAGACUGAAAACUGGCUGAAUGUCUGGGCCCAGAGGGAGAUGUGGGCUCAGGGAUGUUAUUCUACCGUUGAAUCAAUAUAUAAAGAGUUCAGGGAAUCCCUUCACUGCUGCAAGCUUCCCUGGGGAGCAGAAAGGGAGCAUGGAGGAAUUGCACUACCUGUACUGCCAGAAGACAACAGGGCAAAGUAUAAGUCUCCAUGUACAUUUGUUAAAGGACAUCAACCUUAUGGUAGCAGCGUAGACCUGUGGCCAAGAGGCCUUCCCACUGAGCAGCUCUGUGAUGUCACCCAGCUGAAAAAAAGUGAUGUGCGUAUGAAUGAUGAGCUGCUUUGUAAACCACCAGACAGUUUGGCUAAACCACUGUGCCUGCCAUUUCCCACCUCUCAUCCCUACCAGACACACACCUCUAGGUAUACCAUGUUCCCAAACUUCAGAUCACCUGAGGACUGAGAUACCGGCAUCGAUGCAAGCAGUCAUCAGCCUUUCCAUCCCAAUAUCCCUACCAAGGCUUUUGAUGUGGUUGUUCUGAGGAAGACCAGAGGUAAUCCAUACAGGCAUGAAGUUGUCAGUGCUCCCUCUGACUCCCAGAAGAAGGCUGUACACUGGCUGGGACAGCCAGUAUGUACUUCUCUUCCCAAAGGGAUGCAGCAUAACCUCUCUCCAAAAGCAACCAAUAUGCUACGAAACACUGAAAGGGCUCUGGGGAUCACAACACACAGUCAGGACUUCACAGGAAGAGGUCCUAUGAAUCCCGUUAUCCUGGAUAACUAUUACAUGAAAGCAGUUGGCAGAUUAACUGGAGAACUAGGUGAAGACAUGGAACUAGUAAGAACAUUUCUGCCUAGUCUCUCACAAGUGAGACCUCUUGAAGGGCGCACUGCAUGUUUACUUCAAGGUCAACGCCCCAUGAAUCAACUCUGCAAGAACAAGCAGACCGCUCUGUCUCAGACGUGCUACCAACAAGUUCAUUAUCUGGAUAAGCUGCCAAUAACCAAACUUCAGAAAAUGACUGACAUAUUGCAAACAGAAACAUUGUACAGGGGGCAGCUUUCAGAAAGGCCUGAUCUUGAAUCCCUUCCCAAAUCUGCAUGUUCCCUUUCCUACAAAGACUUCAAGCCCAGACAUUUGGAUCAACAUACAAUAUGGGAAAACCCAGUUAGUCUACGUAAGCCAGGCUUACCACUGGAUGUAAAGAGUGAGGAAAGUAGAAUUUUCUUGCACAAGCUUUGGCACCAAGAAGCAUGUCAGCCUGCAUGCAGACCAGAGAGGAUGGGCCAAGACGCACUGCCUGAAUGGAUCCCUAGUUGUGAGGUUCCUUGAUACCAGGCAGCACUGCUGGAGCUGCAGCAUUCCUUCUCUAAGACAGCAGCACAAAAACAUUUUCAUGAUUCCGUAAGGGGAAAAACAAAAGACCUCAGAGAUAACAUUACUGAGGUAAAGAGACACAAAUUCUACAGUUUCAAUGCCUUUUAUUUCUUUAACUGA